AUGGGUUUUGAAACAGAUUUUAUAUGCAAUUCAAGGGUUGGGAAAGAUUCAAACCUAUGGCUGGUUUGGAGAAAAGGUAUUCUAAAGACUACUAUUGUUUCAGCCUCAAAACAACAAAUAUAUGUGAGUGUAAAUUGGAGAAAUAAGAUAGUUAGGAUCUCUAUGAUUCACGCUAGAUGUUUCAAACCAAAUCGUAGGGAAUUGUGGACUGAUUUAGUUGCUGUGUAUUCUCCAACUGAUCCCUGGAUGAUGGUGGGUGAUUUUAAUGCUUUGUUGGCCUCGCAUGAGAUGCGAGGUCCUGGUGCAUUUAAUUUGGGGUCUACGACAGAGUUUGCUGCCAUGGUUGAUGUUUAUCAUCUGAUUCAGUUGCCUUCCCAGGGUGUGAAAUUUACUUGGACAAACAAUAGAAGGAGAGGGAAUGUGUCAGCUGUUCUGAACAGGGGUUUUUAUAAUGAGGCCUGGCUAUCUUAUUUUCAAGACUGUGCCCAAUUUGUUCUUCAAAGAGAUUUUUCUGAUCAUUGUCCAUUAUUAAUAGUCUCUGAAGCUUGUCCCAAACCUCCUAAGUGGGCAUUCCGCUUCCAUAAAUUCUGGACAAAAAAUGAUUCUUUCUUGGGGAUGGUUGCUGAUGCAUGGGAUCAGAGGAUUGUGGGCUCCCCUGUGUAUGUGUUUACUCAAAAGUUGAAAAUAUUAAAGCCACUUAUUCAUUCUUGGGCCAGGAUUACUUUCCCUAACUUUGAAGCUGAGUUGGUCAGAACUAAAGAGGCUCUUUCUCAGAUCCAGGACUAG